AUGAGACGGAGCCCGACGAGACCCCUGAUUCUCAAAAGAAGAAAACUGCCUUUUCAUCAAAAUGCGACUGAUUCACAGCCUGGAGAAUCAGGCUCCAAAGAACCGUCAAUACCAGCUGCCAUUCAGAGCUUUCAUGGUGGUAUCCGCAUCAUGGACCAUCCAUCCAUGUCUGAUACUCAGGUGGUUGUCAGUCCCGAAACAGCAGACGUUCAAAGUGUUAUUGGGGCCCUCACAGCUAAAGGCAAUAAAUGUGAUGCCGAGGGCCCAAACAAGUUCAUUCUUCUGAAUGGAAGUGGAAGUGUCAACAAGUGGGACUAUGGACCUGAUUCUCAGUCUGCUGCUGAAGGGGCUGCUACAAGGAGUACAGAAGGACAUAAAGUCAAAGCUGAAACUACACGCAGUUUCCCAGUGAAUAAGGAUGUCAGUUGCAGUCCUUUAGAUGACAACCUUACCAACAUGCAGUGGUUGGGUAGGAUGAGCACAUAUGCCUUGGUGCCAAAUUCUACAAAGCAGUUCAGCAGCAAGAACCAAAACCCUUUACAGACUUUUCAGGCACACAAUACACAUACCAGAGCAGAAGCUCCUGAGCAACCCAUGUUAAAGAGGCCACCAUACUCCUACAUGGCCAUGAUCCAGUUUGCUAUCAAUAGCAGAAAGAACAGGAGGAUGACCCUCAAAGAGAUUUACAUGUGGAUUGAGGACAACUUCCCUUACUAUAGAGAUGUGGCCAAACCAAGCUGGAAGAAUUCCAUCCGCCAUAACCUCUCUCUGCAUGACAUGUUCAUUCGUGAAACGUCUCCAGAUGGUAAAAUGUCUUUCUGGACUAUCCGACCUGAAGCCAAUCGAUGCCUCACACUUGAUCAUGUGUGCAAGCCGGGCUGUGAUCCAAUGUCUGCCACUGUUCCUGUGCCAAUGCUUUUACUGGCUAAUCAACACCAAAAGAGGACACUUCCAGACGCAAGAAAAACACCAACUGGCUCUGAGAGAAAGAUGAAACCUCUUCUGCCUCGAACUGAUUCCUACUUGGUGCCCAUACAGCUCCCUGUCACUCCUUCUGUCUAUCUACCAUCCACUUCUACUCCUUUUCCUCCGCCCUGCUCCCAGCAGAAGGGGAACAAUUCACGAGGAGCAAAGAGAGUCCGCAUAGCACCGAAAAUGACACAAAGUGAUUCCCCAGCUGUGAUGAUAUCUCCUCAGAAGAAUACAGACUUUAAGGUAGAAGUGAAGGAGGAGCUGGUAUGUGUUCCAAUUAAAUGCGAGACCCCCAAAGCUCCUCCAAAGAGACAAGCCAGCAGCUCACGGCGCAAACAACGUUUGGUUCUCUCUGUGAAUGAAGAGCCUGUUCUCCUCUGCCACGAAAGUAAUUUCUUUGAGUCUGGCGUAGCCUCUGAUGCAUCGACAUUCCAUUUAACCUCGUCCACCCCCAGCAUGGCACCUUCUUAUGUUGCGUCUUUUAAAGUGACCCCAGUGGGCAAAGGAAGCCAAAAUAUUCUGCACUUGAGCCCUAUUUGUAUACCAUGUGGUCCCACAGUUACUCCACAACACGACUACACCACCUUCAGCUUCAGCAGCACUCCCUUUAAAGACUUGCCUCUGUUUAACUCCCCAAGAUAGCUGCUCACAUCUGCUCCCUCCAGAGUGACCGGACCAGCAGAGUCGCCCACCGAACGCCCCAAAAGUAGCUGCUCCAGAGAGCUUCUGCAGGGAGGCAGUUCCACACCAGCCAGUCGCUCAAUCACAGAGGGCCUUGUCUUGGAUACCGUAAACAACAACCUGAGCGAGAUAUAGGUGGAUGUUAGCUUCUCUGGUCUGGAUCAUGACGACUUUGGUAUGGCGAACAUCAGCUGGUCUGAGUUCAUCCCUCAGUUGAAAUAG